CGAAUACGAUCUAAGUGCAACCUGUAUAGUCAUACUUUUUGUUAAUAUAAAGUUCAGCUCCUUUAUUGACGGUAAAAAGCUUCAAAUUCGAACAACUCCAUGGAAGCGCAAAAAAUUGAUCAAAAGGAGUACUUGAAGCGUUAUCUUUCUAAGAAAGACGAUAGAAAGAAAAAGAAAAAGAAGAAGCUAAAAGUUGGACCAAAAAAAGUUCAAAUAAUUGAUGAUGAUAUUGAUUUAAAAAAUCUGGCAACUAUUGACGAUGAAGAAAUUAGCAUAUUCAAUGCAACAGAAGAUGCACCACAGAUUGUUGGCAUAAUUGAUGAGCGAGGACCCGAUUUUGAUAAUAAACAAAGAUGGAAAGUUAUAGCUGAUGAUGGGACUGGAGAUAUUGCUAUUCAAGAAAUAGGACACUCUAAAAAAUCUACUCGAGCAAAUGGUAAACAAGAAUCUAACGUGAAAGAUAAUAAACUAGAGAAAAAGUUGAAAGAAAGAGCAUCGAAGAAAAAGAAGGCUGCAAAUAGUAGUGGUUUAGACAGUAGCGAAGAUAAAAAAUUUAAAAAACACAAAAAGAAUAAAUCAUCUAAAAAGAAAAAAAAGAAACGACACAGUACUUUAUCGUUAGACCCAGAAGAUUCAGACUCAGACUGCGAUAAAAGGAACAUGAAAAGGAAAAAUUCUGACAAAAGAAAGAAAGAUAGUAAUUUGGAUUUGAGUUCUCCACAUGAUUCUAGCAGAGAAGAAUCUAGAAGUAAUAAUAUAUCCAUGAGCAUAGAAGAAUCUAAAAGUACUAAUAUUUCCGUGAGCAGAGAAAAUAGUGAUUCUGAUUCAGGUUCUUUAGGUGAUUUUAACAAGAAAAACACUAAAAGUCAAAAUACAUCUAAGGAAAGACAAAACAGUGAUUCAGAUAUAAGCCCUUUCCGCGAUUCCAGCAGAAAAAAAUCUAGAAGUCAAACUACAUCCAAGACGAGACAAGAUAGUGAUUCCGAUUUAAGCCCUCCACGUGAGUCUAACAGAAAGAAAUCUAAAAGUAAAAAUACAUCCAAAAGAAGACGAAAUAGCGAUUCUGAUUUAAGUCCUCCUAGAUCUAAUACAAAAAGAAGCGAGUCUCCAUUAAGAAAUAGUCGAAAGAGUCAGAGUCAAGAUUCUGACUUGAGUCCUCCAAGGACAAGCAAAAAUAAAAGUAAAAAAUAUGAUUCCUUUAAUACUAUUAAAUCAAAAUCUUUAAGAAUGCAAAACAAGUCUGACUCUGACCUCAGUCCACCUAGGUCAAAAAAAUUCAAAAAUUGUAAAGACUUGGAUGAAAAUGAUUCAGAUUUUAGCUUACCAAAUAACGGCAAAUUAAGGGCAGAUACACAUUCUCGAAAAAGUAAAAUAAACUAUGAUUCUGACCUUAGCCCACCACGGCAUUCAAGACAAGAACAUGGCAAGCCAGAAAAGUAUUCUGGUCAUAGGCCAAAAUCAGGAUGGGAUGUUGAUUCAAAGCCAUCUCAUAAUUCUGAACGAAGUAGGUCUCGUCAUAUAUCACCGAUGUAUUCCUAUUCGAAAUCAAGUUCAUCUAAAUGGGACAGGAAGAAAUCACCAAGUCCCAACAGAAAGUCGGAUUCUCAUCGUAAAAAUGACGAUAGAAACACAUCUCCAGCUUGUUCAGUAACAAGUCAAACAAAGAAAAAAAGAAUGUCGGACGGCAGGUCUGCUGGAUUGACAAAUUUGCAAACUCUGAUGGAGGAGGACAAAGAAAGGAAACGCCGUGAAGAGGAACAAUUACGAAACAUGAGUAGAGAAGAAAGCGGUUAUGGACAAGCGACGAUAGUACGUGGUAAAAAGAGACGCGACUUGGAACAAAAUGCUGCUGAAGAACGAGAAAGACAAAAGGAACAAAAUGAAAUAAAUGCAAAAUAUGCCAAAUGGGGCAAAGGAUUGAAACAGGUAAAGGAUAGAGAUGACCGACUGAAAAGAGAUUUGCACGAGAUGAGUAAGCCUCUUGCAAGAUAUGCCGAUGAUCAAGAUUUGGAGCGUGAGCUACGCGCGGUAGAAAGAGAGGAAGAUCCUAUGUUGGCAUACAUCAAAGAAAAAGAGAUAAAAGAAGGCAAAAGGGCACCAGAUAAACCAAAGUACGAAGGUGCUUACAUGCCUAAUCGAUUUGGUAUUAAACCCGGACACCGUUGGGACGGUGUCGAUCGUAGUAAUGGAUAUGAAGCCAAAUGGUUCGAGGCUCAAAACUCCAAGAAAGCAAAUGAAAAAGAAGCAUAUGAAUACUUAACAGCUGAUAUGUAAAUCAGCUGAUGUGUUUUACGUUAAACUUUCUAUUGGUUUACUGUAACUUGAAAUAAUUUUUGAUAACAAUUUACUACGAAUUGUAUUGGAGAAAAUGACAAAUUACUACAAUCAUAAAAAAAUUACUAUAAUCACAGAAUGUCAACUAUAUACAGAGUCAUUUUGAGUUUUCUAACUUGCUGAGGAACUGAUUCUUGUAAAUAAUUUUAUUCGUGGAGUUUGAUAUA